AAAGAAAGAAAAAUUUAGCAAAAUGUCUACGGUCUUCAUCUCAACAAGGCAGUUUGCAAGCAUAUGUCUCUUCUGUUUUAUGUUAUCUUUCUGUAAUGGAGGGGUUCUGAAUCCAAGCUUUCAGAUCAAAGCAGUGAGUCUCGGAGGUUGGCUGGUUACAGAAGGUUGGAUUAAACCUUCUCUCUUUGAUGGCAUCCCCAACAAAGAUUUCUUGGACGGGACAGCACUUCAGUUUAAAUCAGUGACAACCGGGAAGUAUCUCUGCGCGGAGGAUGGUGGAGGAACAAUUUUAGUUGCAAACAGGACAGCAGCAUCUGACUGGGAAACAUUCAAACUGUGGAGGAUAAAUGAGAGAGCCUUUAACUUGAGAGUCUUUAACAAGCAAUUCAUGGGACUAGACACCAAGGGAAAUGGGGUUGAUAUGGUAGCUGUUUCCAACACACCUGGAAAUUCAGAAACAUUUGAAAUUAUGAGAAAUUGUGAUAAUUCGUGCCGAGUUCGAAUCAAAGCACCUAAUGGCUUCUUCUUGCAAGCAAAAUCAGAUGUGCUGGUGACAGCUGAUUCUCAAGGGAGUAGUGGAUGUGGAGACAAUGAUCCAUCAGUGUUCUUAAUGACCAUUUCAGGAACAAUGCAGGGUGAAUUUCAAGUCACUAGUGGUUACGGUCCAGAGAAAGCCCCAGCAAUUAUGAAGGAGCACUGGAAGACAUUCAUUGUUGAAGAUGACUUCAAAUUCAUAUCGAAAAAUGGCCUGAACGCAGUAAGAAUACCAGUUGGGUGGUGGAUAGCCAGCCAUCCGUCCCCUCCGCUGCCUUAUGUUGGGGGAUCCUUACAAGCCUUAGACAAUGCCUUCUCAUGGGCAGAGAAAUAUGGGAUAAAAGUCAUAAUUGAUCUACAUGCUGCACCUGGCUCGCAAAAUGGAUGGGAGCAUAGCUCUUCUAGAGAUGGCUCCCAGGAUUGGGGCAAAACAGAUGAUAACAUACAACAAACAGUUGAUGUCAUAGAUUUCUUGACUGCCAGGUAUGCGAAGAGCUUGAGCUUGUAUGCUGUAGAGCUGAUUAAUGAGCCCCUGGCACCAGGAGCCUCCCUGGAGAACUUGACCAAAUACUACAAAGCUGGUUAUGAGGCUGUUCGAAGACACUCCUCAACAGCCUAUGUCGUGGUGUCGAACCGGCUUGGGACAACGAUGGAGCCAAGAGAGCUGUUCCCUCUAGCUAGUGGCAUGAGCAACUUGGCCAUUGACGUCCAUUAUUACAACGUUUUGUCAGACAUUUUCAAUAACAUGACUAUCCAACAAAACAUUGUUUUCCUCCUCACUAACAGGACCUCACAGUUGAAUUAUAUCACUCAAUCUAAUGGACCCCUUACUUUUGUUGGUGAAUGGGUGGCUGAAUGGGAAGUUAAAGGAGCGAGCAAGGGGGAUUACCAAAGGUUUGCCAAGGCUCAGUUGAAGGUAUACUCUAAAGCAACUUUUGGUUGGGCCUAUUGGACCCUUAAGAAUGUAAACAACCAUUGGAGUCUCGAGUGGAUGAUCAAGAAUGGAUACAUCAAGCUUUAGACUGUUCAAAAGUUUGGCUCCUUAGGAAGCUCAGUGGGCUUCACCCACUCUUGAUGACCCUAAUAAAUUUUUUUCAAUAUU